AUGGAAGGAACGAAGAACAUGGAACUUCCAUUUGGUUUCAACUGCGUAAAGGGCUUAGGCUUAGGCUUAGGCUUAGGCUUAGGCUUAGGCUUAGGCUUAGGCUUAGGCUUAGGCUUAGGCUUAGGCUUAGGCUUAGGCUUAGGCUUAGGCUUAGGCUUAGGCUUAGGGCUUAGGCGCUUAGGCUUAGGCUUAGGCUUAGGCUUAGGCUUAGGCUUAGGCUUAGGCUUAGGCUUAGGCUUAGGCUUAGGCUUAGGCUUAGGCUUAGGCUUAGGCUUAGGCUUAGGCUUAGGCUUAGGCUUAGGCUUAGGCUUAGGCUUAGGCUUAGGCUUAGGCUUAGGCUUAGGCUUAGGCUUAGGCUUAGGCUUAGGCUUAGGCUUAGGCUUAGGCUUAGGCUUAGGGCUUGGCUUAGGCUUAGGCUUAGGCUUAGGCUUAGGCUUAGGCUUAGGCUUAGGCUUUGGCUUAGGCUUAGGCUUAGGCUUAGGCUUAGGCUUAGGCUUAGGCUUAGGCUUAGGCUUAGGCUUAGGCUUAGGCUUAGGCUUAGGCUUAGGCUUAGGCUUAGGCUUAGGCUUAGGCUUAGGCUUAGCUUAG